UAUUGUCGUACUGAUCAGAGUUGCAUCUGUUAUUUGUGCCUGAUGGACCAACAUAAAGGCCAUGACACCAUCUCAGCUACAGAAGAAUGGAGUAAUGAAAAGGAAAGGCUGGGACAGAGCCAACGGAGAUGCCAGCAGACAAUCCACAAGAGAGAGAAGGAGCUUCAGGAGCUGAGGAGAGCAGUUGAGACUCUGAAGAGCUCAGCAGAGUCUGCAGUGGAACAUAGUGACCAGAUGUUUGAUGACAUCAUUCACUCUGUUGAGAGAAGGCGCUCUGAGGUGAGAGAGCUGAUCAGAGCUCAGGAGAAGGCUGAGGUGAGUCGAGCUGAACAACUCCUGCAACAAGUGGAGCAGGAGAUCUCUGAGCUGAAGAAGAGAGUUGCUGAGAUGGAGCAGCUUUCACACACACAGGAUCACAUCCAUUUCCUCAAGAAUGUAGGGUCCAUCUCUGAUAUUCCUGGCAGUAAAAUUCCAACCAGCCUGAAUGUUAACUCCAACCUCUACCUUGAUCUGGUGAAAACAUCCGUCUCUGCACUGAAGAUGGAGCUACCUGUAGAGGAGAAAUUAGAGUCGAUCUUCAGUCAGGUUGCAGUCAAAAUAUCUGCAGCAGAUACGGAUCCUGAUCUCACAGUCAAAAGCACAGGGAGUUUAUUGUGGCUGCCCCCACUCAUGUCUGAACCAGUCACCAGAGAGGACUUCCGACAGUCUCUUGCCGCCUUCUCCUGCUGGGAGAGGUUGUCAGAGCUGUGA